AUGGUGCCGUCGCUGCUGCUGCUGCUGCUGCCGCUGCCGCUGCUGCUGCCGCCGGUGCCGGCGGGGCCGGCGGGCGCGGGUGGGCGCUGCCCGGGGCGCUGCGCCUGCACUCGCGGAGCGCUGCGCUGCCCGCGCCCGCCGCACGGAGCGCUGCCCGCGCCCGCCCGAGCAUCAUUUACUCAUCUCCCUGUAAAAGUAAUCCCAUCACAUGCAUUUGAAGGACUUCAAGAUACCUUCAUCAUUGAAAUCUCUCAGAGCGACUCCCUGGAGAGAAUAGAAGCGAGUGCCUUUGACAGCCUUCCCACCUUGUCUGAAAUAUUAAUCCUGAACACAAAAAAUCUGUUGCACAUUGAGGACGGAGCAUUCAGAAAUCUUCCAAGGCUAAAAUACUUGAGCAUUUGUAACACUGGAAUAAGAAAAUUUCCAGACCUGACACAGAUCUUCUCACUGGAAGCUCAUUUUAUUUUGGAGCUCUGUGAUAACUUGCGUAUGACAAUUAUACCACAAAAUGCUUUCCAAGGGAUGAACAAUGAAUCACUGACACUCAAGCUGUAUAAAAAUGGAUUUGAAGAUAUCCACAGCCAUGCCUUCAAUGGGACAAAGCUGAAUCAAUUAAUCCUGAAGGACAACAAGAACCUCAGGCGGAUUCACAACGAUGCUCUGAGAGGGGCCACAGGGCCAGAUGUCCUGGAUAUUUCUUCAACUGCGCUGGAGUCCCUGCCUAGUUACGGGCUGGAGGCCAUUCAGGUCUUAAAUGCAACAUCAUCUUACUCCUUAAAGAGGCUGCCACCACUGGAUAAAUUCAGCAGUCUUCUGGAAGCUGUCCUAACAUAUCCCAGCCACUGCUGUGCUUUUCGAAAUCUAAGGACAGAAAAACAGAAUUUGUUGCUUUCCAUUUUUGACAACUUCUCCGAGGAGUGUGAAAGCACCAUGAGGAAACCGACUCACGAAAUGCUCUACUCUACCAUUUUCGAUGACAGCGAAAUGGCCGGCUUUGACUUUGAGUAUGACUUUUGUCAGCCUAAAGUCCUCACGUGCACUCCGGAACCAGAUGCCUUUAAUCCCUGCGAAGACAUCCUGGGAUACAGUUUCCUCAGAGUGCUGAUCUGGUUCAUAAACAUCCUCGCCAUCGCCGGCAAUUUCACCGUGCUCCUCGUUCUCCUGACCAGCCACUACAAGCUCACUGUCCCCCGCUUCCUCAUGUGCAACCUGUCCUUCGCCGACUUCUGCAUGGGGCUGUACCUGCUGCUGAUCGCCUCCGUGGACGCCCAGACCAGCGGCCAGUACUACAACCACGCCAUCGACUGGCAGACGGGCAGCGGCUGCAGCACGGCCGGCUUCUUCACGGUGUUUGCCAGCGAGCUGUCGGUGUACACGCUGACGGUGAUCACCCUGGAGCGCUGGCACACCAUCACCUACGCCAUGCAGCUGGACCGCAAGCUGCGGCUGCGCCAUGCCGUGCCCAUCAUGCUCGGGGGCUGGCUGUUCUCCAUUGGGAUAGCCGUGCUGCCUCUCUUCGGGGUCAGCAGCUACAUGAAGGUCAGCAUCUGUUUGCCCAUGGAUAUCGAAACGGGCCUGUCCCAAGCCUACAUCCUGCUGAUCUUGGUGCUGAAUGUUGUCGCUUUCAUUGUCAUUUGUGCUUGCUACAUCAAGAUUUACAUCGCUGUGCAGAACCCAGAGCUGGUCGCUGCCAAUAAAGACACCAAGGUCGCCAAGAGAAUGGCAAUACUGAUCUUCACGGAUUUCACCUGCAUGGCCCCCAUCUCCUUUUUUGCUAUAUCUGCUGCCUUCAAAGUUCCUCUCAUCACAGUGACCAACUCCAAGAUCCUGCUGGUUUUAUUUUACCCCGUCAACUCCUGCGCAAACCCCUUUCUCUACGCGAUUUUCACCAAAGCGUUUCGGAGGGAUUUCUUUCUGCUGUUGAGCAAGCUUGGUUGCUGCAAGAGCCGAGCAGAGCUCUACAGGAUGAACUAUUUCUCUGCUUAUAACUCCAACUGCAAGAACGGCGGCACAGCCACAGCCCCCAGUAAAGCCUCCCAAGCAUUCCUGCUCUUGUCAGCCUUAGAGAAGCCCUAUCCUGCACCACAGGACAAGACAUCUCACAAAGAAAAUUAA